AUGGAAACCGUCAGAGCUCUGUUCGCCAAACCAGACCCCAAUGCGCAGUUUCGAAAAUGUAACCAAAUCCUUCGCUCCAACCUCCGCAAACUCGACCGCGACAUUGUCCAGGUCCGCAAUGUCGAAACGAAGACCAAGCAGCUCAUACAGCAAGCCGAUCGUCGGGCUCAGCGUGACCCGACGCGCUCGGCGCAAGCACAGAAGGAGGUGCGCGACUUUGCCCGCGAACUCAUCCGUGCCCGGCGCACGACAGCCCGCCUGAUCACGAGCAAGGCGCAACUCAACAGCGUCCAGAUGCAGGUCAACGAGGCAUUUGCCGUGCGCAAGAUUGAGGGUUCGAUCAAAGCAAGUGUGGGGAUUAUGAAGGACGUGAACGCCCUGAUAAAACUGCCCGAGCUGGCUGGGACGAUGCGCGAGCUGAGCGUGGAGUUGACAAAGGCCGGUAUCAUGGAAGAGAUGCUCGAAGACGUGAUGCCCGAGGAUGCUGACAUGGAGCUGGAGGGUGAGGAGGGCGAGGGCGAGGUGGACAAGGUUCUUGGAGAGAUCCUCAAGGACAAGAAACAGACAGAGCCGGCGGCCAAGUUGCCUGCGGCACCAGUCCCCGAACCGCAGAAGCCGGCGGUCGCUCAGGUGGAGGAGGAAGAGGAGGAGGAUACAGAUGCCAUGAUGGACCAGAUGAGAGAUCGACUGCAGGCCCUCAGGAGUUGA